ACAUUUGUUUGUUAAUUUGAUCUAUCAUCCAUCAAAGGAUCGAUCAUGAUUGUUCUUUUCCUUAUUUUGAAAAUUGUGAUUUAAUAUGGUUAAUUAAUGUUUACUGUUUAUUUUUUGAUAUUAUUCAUGAUUGUGUGAUCAGUGGUUUGAGAAAAUAUUCGGACACACUUUGAGCUGAAAAAUAACCUGAAUCAAUAUCCUUGUCAACGUUAUCGUAGUUCUAUUGCAAAAUCUCAUUUCAACCCCGAAAAAUGCUGGAGAGUUCUGCAUUUCUGGGAGAUUCAAGAUGUAUCUACAUUCUCUAAAAUCUAAAUUGACGUUUGCACUGGGAUUUAUCAUUGGUUUCAGUUCAGUCAUUCUUUACGUCAUCAAAAACGAUUAUGAUGCAAACAAUUGCAAGAAACCACAGGCAUUUGCACUGUGGAAACCUCAAAAACAGUCCAUGUUGGAUAAUCACGUCAAGAUUCAUUAUUCAUCUUAUGAAUCUUGGCUGAGAGGUCAUCAUGCGGAGACCCACGAGAUCAAUUUGGACGCCAAUUAUGGGCCUGUCUCGAUAGAUCAAGGGACACCAAAGGCCUUAGAAUUUCAGUGGCUCAGGUCGAAAGUUCAUAUAACAUGUGUGGUUUUCGUCGAACAUACAAGACUAGCACAUUCGAUCAAAUUGACGUGGGGUCCACGCUGCAAUAAGAUUUAUUACUUCAGCCAGGAUUUAAAGAAUGCAGAAAUACCAGUUAUGAAAUUUCCAAUGAAGCUCUCCUCUUCGUGGCAAUUAUUAUGUGAAGCAAUGAAUUUCAUCUGGAAGAAAUCAACAGUUUUGGCAGAAUCAGAAGCGUCUGAACCUUUGGAAUGGAUUAUAUUCGUUAAAGACGACACAAUGGUCCUACCAGAGAAUUUGAGAUACUUAUUAGCACCUCUGGACCAUAAUCAGGAUUAUUAUCUGGGUCAUGGAGUCGUUCUUUGGGGCCAGUCAUACAACAUUGCACAGGCCGGCUAUGUCCUGAGCAGUGGAGCCUUCAAGAAGAUCGUAGAAACAUUCAACACCUCAGAGAAAUGUAUUUCUGGUGGUAAAUACUGGAAGAAAGAGGAUUAUUACCUGGGAAAGCAUUUAACAGGGUUCAACAUUCACCCAGCAGACACCAGAGAUAAUGAGUUAAGAGGAACAUUCCAUGGAUAUUCACUCCAGACUCUCCUCUGGGGUGUUGCCAAACCAGGAAACUACUUUACAAGGGCUCUGUACCCCACUGGAGACCAAUGCUGCUCUCCAAAUUCAGUCACCUUUAGUAUUUCCGAGCCUGACAAGCUCCAUACUAUUAACUACAUGUUGUAUCAUUUAAAUGUUUAUGAGAAUGUGGAGGGACAUUAUGGAAACAAGGCUGCACCUACGCCAGUACCUGAGGAGGAUGUUUGGAAAUUAGCUCUGAAAGAGGAGUUCAAUAUAACGGACGUUGAGGGAAUUUCAAAUGACAAAUUCUAUGAGAUCUGGAGGUCGAAGUAUUCGGAUCCAUCGCAGUUCAUCGAGAAGAACUAUGAGAACAUGACAAAUGUGCUUCACUCAAUCAUUACAGCUUAUGAAAAUGAUAGACGAAUGCUGCAGAAUCUUCCAUAGUUUAUUUAAGUUGUGGAGUUAUAAAGAAUAGCUGAUGAGUCGAAUAGAGAUCAGUAUUGAAAUGGUAAAACAAAACACGUCAUCUUGAAAUUGAGAUACAUUUUUGUAGAAUAUUUCGGUCUUCUAGGGAGGUAACCUAAGUGGCACAGCAACCUUAUCCUUAGCUACAAAUAUUUGUUAUAGAGACUCUUCAUCCGAAAUUGUCCUUUCUCUUGGUAUUCGAAUGUAUUCAUCGAAAACUUAUGAAGAAGAUGAGUCGUCCUGUUUGAUUUUGCUAUUUUAAUAAUACUGAAAUGAUUCUGGAGACUAUUUUGUAAACUUAUCGUUAAGGAAAAGGUUUAAAGCAAUUUAUGAAAGAUUGUUUUUUUAUAAACUUCAUCGACUGCAGUAAAAAUCAUCAAAUUUUUCCUCUCAAUCUAUUGAAUAUGGAGAUAUUCAUAAAAUAAUUUGUAUAAAAUUUCUAGGCUCAUCUUCUCAUAUAUCAGCUGGGGUGGGAUAAAAUGAACUGUCUUCAAUCGUCAGCCAGAGUAGAAGUGUGGAAUUUACCGAUUUUUUUCGUUAUAAAUGUUUUUUCUUUCAAGUUUCAAAAUGAAAUCUAAUUUACCCAAAUCAUAUUAUUUAAUCGGGAGGCAUUGACGAUUUGAAGAUGGGUUGUUUUACCCCACGCUCACCAACUACUUCGCGAAAGAUUUUUAGUUAAAAACAUGACAGUAUUAAUGUAUGCAGAGAUAAAUUAAUUACUUUGCUACAAUUAUUAUUGAGUAUUCAAGUUAUCAUUGACUAGAUUGACAUUGUUAUUUUAUUUUUGAGAGAAUUUGAAUCAAUUGAGGUAAAUAUCCGUCCAGGACACGUAUGAAAAAAUGCUAUAGAAUUUUUUUAUACGUGGAGUGGAAUCUUUCUGCAUUUCCAUGCAGCUAUUUUGUAAAUAUGAUAUCGCUCACUAAUUGGAACUAAAUAUACUGCUUAAUGUUUUGAAA